CUGUCAUGUCACUUAAUGUUAAAUAAUAUUGGUCGUUCAAAUUUAUUUUAAGUCUUUUUCUUGGAUUUUAACAAUCACAAAUCAUCUAGGUAGCUUUACAAAAUGGUUGUCACUACUGAUGUUUAUCUUCCAACAGAAGAGGAAUUAACAGUACCUGAAGUGAAUCUAUCUAGCCCUUUUCUUCAUGCUGGAGCAUUUCACUUUGGAAAACAUUGCGAAUUCCAAAACAAUGAAUUUAUGUUAUGUCGAAAUGAAUUGGAAGACCCAAGAGCAUGCAUUCAAGAAGGCAAAGCGGUGACUAAUUGUGCUUUAGACUUUUUUCGAAAAAUGAAAAAAUCUUGUGCUGCAGAAUUUCAGCAAUAUGCUAACUGCUUAGAUAAAAGCAGCGGUGACCUUUCAUAUAAAUUUUGCCGUAAAACACAAAGUGCAUUAGAUAAAUGUGUUUUCGAUAACUAUGGUAUUGAAAGACCUCAAUAUGAUUAUUUUGCCAAACCUAAAAUUCACGAUUCAAAACGCCCAAAACCAGAGCCAGAACCUAUGCAGGUCUUUCCAGAUGCUACUCCAGAAUUACCUAAGGAUGCUGAGAAACCACCAGCAAAAUAUGGUUCACGUUUCUUCUUCUUGGAGUAAAUGUAUAGAGAUUGUAUUGAUUUUUAGAAUAAAUGAAUGUUAGAA